AUGACAGUCGUAGCCGUAGCAGGAGGUACCCAGGGUCUCAGUCGAUCGAUCGUCGACCAACUUGUGAAGCACAGCGAAUACAAACCACAACCACAAGUCGAGGAGGAAACAGGCCUGCCCGUUAUUGAGGUGAACUAUGGGGACGAAGAUACUAUUGUUGAAACUUUGAACCAGAAUGGCGUCGAAAUUCUCAUCUCAACCAUCAACGCCAUGGCAGAUGUUCAGCCUGAGCUUACCCUGAUGAGGGCAGCCAAUCGUGCCAAAACACGGAGGUAUAUUCCCAGUUUCUUCGGAAGCUUCUGCUACCAGGACAAACAUGGAAUUCUUCCUACCGUCAAAGCCAAGCUCGAUAUCCGUGAAGAGCUGUCAAAAAUGACGUCUCUGGAGUACACUGUUGUUUACAACGGAUACUUCCUCGACUACUAUGGAAACGGGACUGUUCCCUCCUACCUACAGAUUGUUCCUGCAGUCAUUGAUAUGGCAAAUAAUGCAGCCGCAAUCCCAGGAUCAGGGAACACGCCGGUAGCAUUCACCCACACGCUUGAUAUUGCCAAAUUCGUUGUGGCAUUGCUGGGUGUCGACUCCUGGCCCAAGGAAAGUUUUAUCAUCGGUGACAAAGUCACUUGGAACCAGUUUGCUGAACUUGCGGAGAGUGUUAAGGGACCAUUCAAAAUCAGCCAUGACCCGGUCGAACUGUUACAGACAGGCCAAAUGACAGAGCUUCCUGGGCAAAUCUCGCUGUAUCCGUUCUUCCCCAAAAGUGGUUUCCAAUGGCUCUACUCACACUUCGGACUUUGGUUUGAGAGUGGAGAAUUUGAUCUUAAUCCACCGCAGAAACUGAAUGAUGUGUUCCCAGACAUUAAGCCAAUGUCGGUGAAGGAUUUCUUAGAACGGUCCUGGAAAUAG